UGAGCGACACAGCGGUUAUCAGUGUUGGUAGAGGUCAUCAUGGCGUUGUUCCACACAUUAUUCUGUAUACUGCUGGUGGUGUUAUGCUGUGUAUCAUUAAAUGGUGGCGACGCAGUAGGAGCUGUUAGUGACGCAGCAGCAGAUGUUGGUGAAGCAAUACGAGUCAAUGCAACAGGAAGACAUGAUGAUGACAAAGCAGGUGGUGAUGUCGAAACUAACCUACCGUGUCCAGAAGCGGAGUCCAUAUCACCUUGCUUGUGCACCUCCGACGGCAGCUACACCAUGUACAUGGACUGUUCCGCAGUGGAGAGUGAGAAGCAACUGGCAAGCAUCAUGAGCCAAAAAUUUCCCUUCCCCGGCUUCUACUCACUCGUUAUUAAGAACAAUGAUAACUUGAAGGUGCUCAGGAGUGGGGCUUUGGGCGUCAACACCUUCCAAGAGUUCCACAUUACUGACGGUGCCUUACAGGAGGUGGAGGUGGGCGCUCUCUCGGGCAGCUACUCCACUACUACCAUUUUGGAUUUUAAUAAUAACUACAUUACCUCCUUCCCUUGGGAGAGAAUAAGCUCAUUCAUAAGUCUUGAAACAUUGAGUGCAAGAUCUAACUUCAUAGCGCUAUUUCCGACGUUGGUAUCGAACAGCUUAGCCUAUCUCGACUUGUCUAACAAUCCCAUGGGGUCGAUGCCAGUCACAGCGUUCAUCAACACGCCAGCAUUAAAGGAAAUAUACAUCAGAGAAAUUGGCAUAUACAACUUACCCUCAGGCACGUUCUUCGGCCACCCUCACCUGUCGACCUUGCAACUGUCGUUUAACAACUUGGGUCAGCUGACUGAGGGCGCCGUGCAGAUGGGUGCUGGAAAAACAAAAGUCUACCUCAACAACAACAUGAUCAGUAAUGUUGCCGCCAACUCUUUCUCAGGUCUGAUAAGUGGCGACUUUGUGUACCUCUACAGCAACGAGUUGACGGAGUUGGUGGAGGAGGUAUGGCAGCCGCUGAUCAUGUUCGGAGUUUAUCUUGACUUUCGUUUUAACCCUCUCACCUGUGGCUGCGACAUCGCCUGGAUUGUUCUCAACCCCUCUAUUCUUAGCCACAUAGAUUCCGACACCACUUGCUCUAACGGACAGUUUAUAGUGGACCUCGAUCCAGCUAUCUAUGAGAAAGAAUGCUAGGCAUAUAAUUGGCCUAGUGGUGGUGCCUCCAGGGAAGUAACAUGAUCGUUGGAUGGCUGUUGUCUCUGUUAACACAUUGCUGGGCACCUGUCAUUUAACUGUUAAUAGCUCAGACCAGGUGGAUCUCUCCAUUUCCUCAUUUGUCAUCCAACACUCAUCCACUGUAUGAUCCCAUUUCAUCCGUGUAUGCCCACUACAAACCACCACCUCAGAGUUAACACUGCGCUCCAGCCGUACCAUUCUCACCCACCAUCAUAUGUUUACACGGGACUCACUAUUACUAUACAACUUUAUUUUCCGGAACUAUUGCCGUUUUUGUUUUAUUAGUGAUAGAGAACUUCAGUGUUGCUGAUAAUAUAGUAAAAUGACGACACAAA